AACACAAUGCGAACAUGUCGCAUGGAAACCUGUUUCGACUUCAGUAAAUGCUAUAAUGAAUUUCUCAUCUAUGUCUAUCCACCCGAACCAUUGAACUCUCUGGGUGCAGCACCACCGAUAUCACCCAAUUAUCAGAAAAUCAUAACCGCCAUACAAGAGUCGCGCUACUAUACACCAGAUCCUGAAAAGGCAUGUCUGUUCGUUUUGGGUAUUGAUACCCUGGAUCGCGAUUCGUUAUCCGAGGAUUACGUGCGCAAUGUGCCAUCCCGUUUGGCUCGUCUACCUCACUGGAACAAUGGUCGCAAUCAUGUCAUCUUUAAUUUAUAUUCGGGCACAUGGCCCGACUAUGUGGAGCAUUCGCUGGGCUUCGAUACGGGCGAAGCGAUAUUGGCCAAGGCCAGUAUGAGUAUACAGCAUGUUCGGCAUGGCUUCGAUAUAAGCAUUCCAUUGUUUCACAAACAAUUUCCGUUACGUGCCGGCUCAACGGGUCUGGCCUCAUCGAUGCACUUUCCAUCGAAUAAGAAAUACCUGUUGGCGUUCAAAGGAAAACGGUACGUGCACGGCAUUGGCUCUGAGACACGUAAUUCCCUCUUCCAUUUGCAUAAUGGCCGUGAUAUUAUUUUGGUCACAACAUGUCGCCAUGGUAAAAGUUGGCGAGAAUUGCAGGAUGCCAGAUGUGACGAGGAUAAUCGAGAAUAUGACAGAUACGACUAUGAAACGCUGCUUCUGAACUCAACAUUUUGUUUGGUGCCUCGGGGGAGACGUUUGGGUUCCUUUAGAUUUCUCGAAGCCAUUCAGGCCGGCUGCAUUCCUGUACUGUUGUCCAAUGACUGGGUAUUGCCAUUCGAGUCGAAAAUUGAUUGGAAACAAGCGGCUGUUUGGGCCGACGAAAGACUGUUGUUGCAGGUUCCUGAAGUCGUUCGUUCAAUAUCGGAUGAACGAAUAUUUGCAUUACGCCAACAAACACAAGUGCUCUGGGAACGUUAUUUCGGAUCGAUAGAGAAAAUUGUGUUUACAACUUUUGAGAUUAUACGAGAGCGGUUACCACAUUACCCAGAGCGAAAUAGUAUAGUCUGGAAUACAGCACCAGGUGCUCUUCUUACACUCCCAACAUUCGCUGAUAGUUCCAGAUUUAUGCCAUUUUUGUUGGACGAUAUAAACUUGAGAACAAGAGACAAUUACACAGCCGUGAUAUAUGUUCAAAUAGGUGCACCCUUAGGUCCUAAUAAUGCACUUUACAAACUAGUCAAAACCAUAACAAAAAGUCAAUUUGUAGAUAGGAUUAUUGUUUUAUGGGCGGCUGAUCGCCCCAUUCCGGCUAAGAAACGUUGGCCACCCACAUACCAUAUACCAUUCCAUGUGAUAUCACUCGGCAGCUCAUAUCAAACAAAGUCCGCUACGCCGACUGACAACGACGCUGAUGCGACCGACGAACGCCCCAGUAUAUCCCAACGAUUUUAUCCUUAUGACGAAAUACAAACAGAUGCUGUAUUAUCAUUGGACGAGGACGCCAUACUCAAUACGGAUGAGUUGGAUUUUGCCUAUACGGUGUGGCGAGAUUUUCCCGAUCGCAUUGUUGGCUAUCCAGCUCGUGCUCACUUCUGGGAUGAUUCCAAGAAUGCUUGGGGUUACACUUCAAAGUGGACAAAUUACUAUUCCAUUGUUUUGACUGGUGCCGCUUUCUAUCAUCGCUACUACAACUAUUUGUAUACCAACUGGUUGUCGUUGCUACUCCUGAAGACUGUACAACAAUCUUCCAAUUGCGAAGACAUCCUAAUGAAUUUUCUGGUAUCGCAUGUUACCCGAAAGGCUCCCAUUAAAGUAACACAGCGCAAAGGUUACAAGGAUCGUGAAACGGGCCGUUCACCCUGGAAUGAUCCAGAUCACUUUAUACAGCGUCAGAGUUGUCUCAACACUUUUGCUGCUGUAUUUGGCUACAUGCCACUUGUACGUUCCAAUAUGCGUUUAGAUCCCAUUCUAUAUCGCGAUCCUGUAUCAAAUUUACGGAAAAAAUAUCGACAAAUCGAAUUGGUUGGUAGCUAGCGUUCCAUAAAUAACAGCUUGUAAAUGUUUAAAAAAUAAAAGUAAAAAAAACAAAAA